AUGAAGGCGAUUCUUAUACUGGCAAGACAAACGGACACGGGAGUCGAAGGAGGAGUGACUGGCCCAGUCGAGAAAAAUCUGGUGCUUGAUUGUCUGAUGGUAGCCUACGUGAAGAUUUGGAGAACAUUUUCUGGUUUCCUGGGAAGACGCAAGGAGUUUCACAACCGACACUAUUCUCGUCGCGGACCAGAUAACACAGAGUAA